GCUGUUUCCGCGCCGAGCGGUCGUUCCUCUCUGUUAGGUCCGCAGCUAUCCUCUCUUGAGCACUGUGCGUGUCCCCGGUCGCGGGCCCGCUCUCCUUAAAUCUGCAAAAUGGCUGAUAAUUUCGAUGAAUUUAUUGAAGAGCGAAAAGCCAAAUUGGCCAAAGACAAAGCAGAGUUGGAAAGUGAUCCACCUUACAUGGAAAUGAAGGGAAAGUUGUCAGAGAAGCUUUCUGAAAACAGUAAGAUGCUGAUCUCUAUGGCUAAGGAAAACAUACCACCAAAUAGUCAACAGACCAGGGGUUCCCUAGGGAUUGAUUAUGGGUUAAGUUUACCACUUGGGGAAGACUAUGAGCGGAAGAAAAAUAAAUUAAAAGAAGAAUUGCGGCAAGAUUAUAGACGUUAUCUUACUCAGGGCAUAACACAAGUGAAAAGAAAGAAAAAUUUUCUAUCUACGAGUGAAACAGAUCCAUCUACUCUGGGAGUCUCUCUUCCUAUUGGUGAGAGGUUAUCUGCUAAGGAAAGGUUGAAACUUGAACGUAACAAAGAAUACAAUCAGUUUCUCAGGGGUAAGGAAGAGUCCAGUGAAAAGUUCAGACAGGUGGAAAAAAGUACUGAGCCCAAGAGUCAAAGAAAUAAAAAACCUGUUGGUCAAGUUAAGCCUGAUUUAACUUCACAAAUACAGACAUCUUGUGAAAAUUCAGAGGGUCUUAGAAGAGAUGUCUUAACUCCUUCAGAGGCAUAUGAAGAACUUCUGAACCCAAGACUAGAGGAGGACAGAUACCGACAACUAGAUGAUGAAACUGAAUUGAGGAAUAGAAUUAUUAAAAAAGCAAAUGAAGAAGUGGGCAUUUCCAACCUAAAACAUCAAAGGUUUGCAAGCAAGACUGGCAUUCCAGAUAGAAGAUUUCACAGACUUAAUGAGGAUUGUGUUUUUGAUAGACAGUAUCAUAGACCAGACCAAGAUCCUGAAGUAAGUGAAGAAAUGGAUGAGAGGUUUAGAUAUGAAAGUGAUUUUGAUAGAAGACUUUUGAGAGUGUAUACAAAUGACAGGAUGCACAGGAACAGACGAGGGAAUGUGCGUCCUAUGGAACAUGAUGGGAAUGUUAUAGAACAGUCUAAUGUAAGAAUUUCAUCUGCUGAAAAUAAAAGUGCUCCAGUCAAUGGAACAUCCAAAUCAGCUAAUCGAGAGAUCUGUAGUCCUUUUGCAGGGAUGCUCUUUGGAGGUGAAGAUCGAGAACUUACUCAGAGAAGGAAAGAGAAAUACAGACUAGAAUUAUUGGAACAAAUGGCUGAGCAACAGAGAAACAAGAGACGAGAAAAAGAUUUAGAACUCAGGGUUGCAGCGUCUGGAGCACAAGACCCUGAGAAAUCGCCUGAUAGACUAAAGCAGUUUAGUGUGGCACCAAGACACUUCGAAGAGAUGAUUCCACCUGAAAGACCCAGAGUAGCUUUCCAGACACCUCUCCCUCCUUUAUCUGUCCCAUCAGUUCAUUCUGUUCCUUCUCAAAAUGAAGAUUUGCAAAAUGGACUCAGCAGCGCCCUUGGUGAAAUGGUGCCUCCCAGGAUUGCACCUCUGCCUCCACCUCCCCUACCACCAGCUUUGGCUACUAAUUAUCGAACCCCUUAUGAUGAUGCAUACUAUUUUUAUGGGGCCAGGAAUACUUUGGAUCCCAGUCUGGCUUACUAUGGUUCAGGAAUGAUGGGAGUACAGCCUGCAGCUUAUGUUAGUGCUCCUGUCACCCACCAACUAGUACAACCUAUUGUGAAUACGAUUGGACAGAAUGAACUGAAAAUUACAAGUGAUCACGUGAUAAAUUCAGGACUGAUUUUUGAAGAUAAACUGAAACCUUCCAAACAGUCACUACAGUCUUACCAAGAGGCUUUGCAGCAGCAGAUUCGGGAAAGAGAAGAAAGAAGGAAGAAAGAACGUGAAGAAAAAGAAGAAUACGAAGCUAAAUUAGAAGCUGAAAUGAGAACAUAUAAUCCUUGGGGAAAAGGCGGAGGUGGCGCCCCUCUCAGGGAUGCAAAAGGAAAUCUGAUAACUGAUUUGAAUAGGAUGCACAGACAAAAUAUAGAUGCCUACCAUAACCCAGAUGCAAGAACACAUGAAGAUAAAAGGGCCGUUGUAUCUCUAGACCAAAAUUUAGCCGCUUCAAAUGCUGAGAACCUAGAAGAUGCUGCAAAUAAAAGCUCAGGUCAGAUGCAAACACAGAGCUCUCCUUUUGCUCGGGGAAAUGUAUUUGGUGAGCCUCCAACUGAACUUCAGAUUAAACAGCAAGAAUUAUACAAGAAUUUUCUUCGUUUUCAGAUUGAGGAAAAGAAACAAAGAGAGGAAGCAGAGCGAGAGAGACUGAGAAUUGCAGAAGAAAAAGAAGAAAGACGGCUUGCAGAACAGAGGGCACGGAUUCAGCAGGAGUAUGAAGAGGAACAGGAAAAGAAAAGGGAGAAAGAGGAGGAGCAAAGGCUAAAAAAUGAAGAACAUAUUCGGUUAGCUGAAGAAAGACGAAAAGAAGCAGAAAGAAACAAGAAAGAAGAAGAAGAAAAAUAUAACCUGCAGCUUCAGCACUACUAUGAAAGAGAAAAUUUGAUUGGGGAAGAAACAAACUGCUUGAGGCAGCCUUCUCCUGUAGUUCCUGCUCUUCAGAACAAAAUUGCAAGCAGACUCCAAAGACCUCCUUCAAUUGACAGCAUAAUAAGUUCCUUUAUUCGUGAAAGUUCCAUGUCCAGGGCGCAGUCACCCCCGGUACCUGCCAGGAAAAAUCAGCUCCGUGCAGAAGAGGAGAAAAAAAAUGUAAUUAUGGAAUUGUCAGAAAUGAGAAAACAACUUCGUAGUGAAGAGAGGCGUCUACAAGAGCGAUUGCUACACAUGAGUAGUGAUGAUGAGAUUCCUAUCAGGAAAAGGGAAAGGAAUCCCAUGGAUAUAUUUGAUAUGGCUAGACAUCGGUUGCAAGCUCCUGUCAGAAGACAGUCACCUAAGGGCUUAGAUGCUGCCACUUUUCAGAAUAUUCAUGAUUUUAAUGAGCUGAAAGAUAGAGAUUCAGAAACACGAGUUGAUCUGAAAUUUAUGUACCCAGAUCCUCCAAGAGAUUAUCACACCUUAGAGAUUCAGCAGCAAGCCCUGCUAAGAGAGCAGCAGAAGAAGCUGAACAGAAUAAAAAUGCAGGAAGGUGCCAAAGUUGACUUAGAUGCCAUCCCAAGUGCUAAAGUACGAAAGCAAAGAAUGCCCAGAGAUGACACUAGUGAUUUCUUGAAAAACUCAUUAUUGGAAUCUGAUAGUGCUUUUAUUGGUGCUUAUGGCGAGACAUACCCUGCCAUUGAAGAUGACGACUUCCCUCCACCAUCACAGUUGCCCUCUGCGCGGGAGCGCAGGAGGAACAAAUGGAAAGGACUAGAUAUUGAUAGCAGUCGUCCUAAUGUACCACCACCAGAUGGCCUCUCUCUAAAAUCUACAUCCAGUGUAAAUGUUGAUCACCUUAGAAUGAGAAAUGAGGAAAGAAUGCGAAGAUUGAAUGAACUUCAGAAUAAACCUAUUAAUACAGAUGACGAGAGUUCACUGGUUGACCCUGAUGACAUCGUGAAACACAUGGGGGAUGACGGAUCAAACUCUAUAGCCACUGAGCCCUGGCUCCGCCCUGGCACCUCAGAAACACUGAAACGCUUCAUGGCAGAGCAGCUGAACCAGGAGCAACAGCAGGUUCCUGGAAAACCAGGCACUUUCACUUGGCAGGGCCUGUCAACUGCACAUGGUUAAAAUAAACCUGUACUGCACCCAACAGUGCCUUUCAAGGUGAAAGGAAUGGUAAAUCUGUACAAAUAUAUCUUACUUUUAGCCCCACCUGAAAAUUAUUUUCCAUAAAAUUAUUUUUGCCGUGAUAUAUAUUGUAUACAUAAGUAAAAGGCCAUGAUUAUUGAUUUAUAUAAUAGAACUGUACAGAAUUAUUUUUGCACAAUUUUGUCAUAAAUGAGGGUGGUAAUGAAUUUACUAUAUAUAUGCAUUAUAAUAGAUUCUGCUUGUCAUCCUGUAAAACCAGAUUCCCUUGUUAUGUGCACAUUUGCCACUGUUACCUCCAUGCAAAAUAAUUCAUUCAGUAGGUACAUCUAUUGUAGCUGUGAUUAUUCCAGUUUCUGUGUAAUGAGGCAAUCAGAUGUGCUAUUUUCGUGUCAUUUGUAGCUGCUGAUACAGAAGAAAUGAGAACCAGGAUUGCUUGUGUUCUUGUGAGCCAUAUGUUAAAUGUUACAUCUUUGUGCUUCUAUUUUUGUGCCAAUAGAGGCAUUUGUCUUAAGUUACUAAUUUAUAUGAUGUAAAUACCUCGAUAUAAAUAAAUUUUUAUUUUAAUU